GCAGACUCAGGCCAUUGUUAAUCUGCAGCAACAGAUGGUUCCUCACGCACCUGCUGGGCAGCGUCCUCCGCCCAGACCUUCCGCAUCGGCCGCGCCGGAGAAGUGUGAAGCUGUUAUGUCUACGGCAGCAUUCAGAUCCUGAAGGAGAUCUAUGGAAUGCUGGCUGGUGAUCAACGGAUGGGGACGAGAAGAAGCCGUGCUGCACAUACGUCUCUACUGCACUCCAGCCUUGCAGCGCGCUCUGGAUGCAAAGUUGACCAUGGCAGAGUGGUAGGCACUGUCAACAAAAGAAGCUUUGGACACAGUCGGUCGCCUGGCUCUUGAGGCAACUAACCAAGCUGCGGAAUGGUGCAAUUUCUUCGCCAUCAGCCAGCUACCCAACGAGUCUGUUAUUGAGUACUUUUUACGCUCGGCGGACUGCGAGUUUCAGUGCCCUGAUUGUGAUGGUAAUCUUACAGAGUAUGUGUUACUGCGGAAGCUAAUGUCGGGUCUGUACUCAGUGGUGUUGAGAGAGGAUGUGUUCAGAAAGUUUGCGUCAUUCAGUGAUGUGGACUCUCCGUAGUUACUUUACUGCGUUCGAGGCAGCUCAUAAAGACGCCAGCGCGGACGGUGGCGGGAAGGCGAGCGUUGCCCGCGAAAGUGCUGUGGUGGGGGCGGCCACAGACCCGCAGUCAGACAUAGGAGACAACAGUGGGUUGCCGGAAGCCGCGGCGACCAACGGUCGCCACCCAAGCAAGCCCCGCAAAUGUGGCAAUUGUGGUCGCAGACACUCCCCCAAGGAAGUCUGCUUGCCCUGCUGAAAGGUUAGUGUGUCGCAACUGUGGCAAGGUCGGACACUUAGCAGAGGGAGGAAGCAGGCAGCAGCAGUGGAGGCGGAAGCUUCAGGCAUUGUGGUAGCCGCUGCUGGCAAGGUCAAGCCACAGCCCAGCCAGAGCUGCCAGAUACAGGGAAAUUUCCCUGUUUUAGGGAAAUUUAGGUCUCAACAGGGAAACAGGGAAGAAAAUUCAAAAUGUUCCAAAAUCUAGGGAAAUUUUGACCAACGGACUCACACCCUUCAUCCGCAGUCCCCACCCUUGUCCUCCUCCCAUCCUCUUCACUCGUCAUACGUACAAUAAUUAUUUGUAUUAAUUUUUAUCAAUUAUUUAUUGUUUCCUUUCCCUCUCAAUUGAAUUUCAAUCCACUUCUGAGGUCUCUCUCGAUCACUAUAUCCUUCCUCUACCGUUCACUCUUCCUUCCCUCAUCCCCAAACAGUGUCAUGACUUGUACGAGACCCGUAGACCGUCCCUUCCCUUCCCUCCCUCGCCCCUGCUUGAUAGCUGAACGUGUAUUUCUACGAGACAGAGACGCGUAUUCACCCUGUCCGCUUCCUACGAGCUACCAGUAUACGAAUCUGCCUCCCUCAGUGGCUCAGACGCUCAGUCUGUCAUACACUGUCGCUCGGCUCAGGUCUGGAAGUCUCUGAAGGAUUCUGUUACUGGAACACGUACAGCAGUCAUGUCUACUCCUCCAGCCAAACGCAAACGGCAGCCAUAUUCGCAGAAAUACACAGAAAAAUGGGAAAGUGACCCAUUGUUUCAAAGUUGGCUGACAAAAAGUGACAAGGGACCUUCGUAUUACCACUGUAAAUUGUGUAACUCUGACGGAAAGGCGGGCAAGUCAGAAAUAGAAAAGCAUGCUGCUGGAGCAAAGCAUAUGAAGAUAGUUGAAAGUGCAAAGCGCACAGUUAGUGUACUUGAUAUGCCUAGUGUUAGUGGAAAAAGGCAUGCUGAAAAACAAGUGAAAGAAGCAGAGAUACGGUUGGCUGCAGUAGUGAGCGAGCUAAAUCUUCCAUUCUCAUCUGCAGAUAAACUUGUUCCUGUUAUCCAAGCGAUAUGUCGAGACUCAGAUGUCGCAAAAAAAAUGAAGUGCGGUAAAACAAAAUGUGCAGCCAUCGUGAAAAAUGUCCUUGGUCGAAAGGAAUGUGACGAGUUAUUUGUACAUCUUAGAGAAAAUUGUUUCUCUCUAAUGGUGGAUGAGUCAACAGACAGGGGCUGCGUAAAACAUCUUGCACUUGUUGUACGAGUUGCCACUCAGGAAAGCAUUAAGGAUUCAUUUUUAACAUUAGUUCCCUUAGAAAGUGCCAGUGCUGAAAGCCUCUAUGAAUGUGUCAAGAGUGUGUUUAAUGGUGCAAAUAUCCCUUACAAACAAAACAUUAUAGGAUUUGCUGCGGAUGGGGCCAGUGUGAUGAUGGGAGCUCGGCAUUCACUCUCAAAAUUGCUAAAGGAUGAUAUACCCAAUUUAUUUAUAAUGAAAUGUGUAUGCCACUCCUUUCAUUUGUGUGCAUCUAAAGCCUGCAACAAGUUGCCAAGAUGGCUUGAGGAUAUGAUCCGUGAUGUCUACAACUACUUCUUGUCACCAAAGCAGACAGCAGCCUUUAAGGAUUUCCAAGAAUUUGCUAAUGUGAAGCCCCACAAGCUAUUACAUCCCUGUCAAACUAGAUGGUUAUCAUUGCAUAGUGCUGUAAAGCGGUUACUUGAACAGCUUCCAGCACUUCAGCUAUUUUUCACACAAGCAGCCUUGGAAGAUCGGGUCAUAGCAGCUGACACCAUUCUUCAGAGACUUCAUGACCCAUUCAGUAAGCUUUACUUAGAAUUUCUUGAUUUUGUCUUACCCUUCUUUAAUGACCUAAACAAAGAGAUGCAAAGUGAGAAUCCAAAGAUUUAUGCAUUGCACACUAGAGUCUCUGCUGUCUUGCAUACCAUUCUUGAGUUUUACAUGAAGCCAAGUGUCUUAGAAUCAGCACCAUUAUCAGCUGUCAGGGUAAAAGACCCAAACAAUUUCGUUAAAUUGGAAGAGCUAUAUCUUGGAGGACGAGUAACUGCAUCCCUUCAGAAAUACCAAAACCUUGACAAGCAGCAACUGGACACGUUCAAGUUGAGAUGUCUGGACUUUUACAUAGAAGGAGCCUCUCAAAUUUUGCAAAGGUUUAAUCUCAGUGAUUCUGUAUUUACAAAUCUCAAGGCUCUAGACCCACAAAGUGUACUGAUGAAGACCAUUCCCUCUGUUGCACCCCUAGCUGCUCAGUUUCCUAACUUGGUGUCUGAAAAUGACUUAAAUGAGAUAGACAGUGAAUGGCGUUUACUGAAAAACACUGAACUGAAUGUAGAACCUGAUAUUAAUGUAUACAAGUUCUGGCAAAAGGUUGGAGACUUGAAAAAAGGUGAUGAUUCCCCAUUAUUUCCACUACUAGGAAAUUUCAUGAAAAAACUAUUGUCUUCCUCACUCUAGUGCAAGUGUUGAAAGAGUGUUUUCUCAAGUGAAUUUAAUGAAGACCAAAGUUCGUAAUUCACUGAACACAGAAUCGCUAAAUGGAAUGCUUCAUGCAAAGAAAAUAUUUGAAAAUUCAUCAGCUCACAGUUUCAAAGUUACACCGGGGCACUUGGAACUUAUGACAGCUGACAUCUACAAAACUUCAGAUCUACAGGAAUAGCAGUCAUUCUAGGGGGCCGCCGUGGUACAGUGGUACAACGCGCACUUCGGAGGUCGAUCGAGGGGUCUUCAGGCGCACGGGUCCAGGCCUCGGCGCGAUGGGAGGAAUGGCAUCCACUAUGAUCAUAACGGUUCCCAAAUGCCACAACCAAAGUCGUUCGUUAGGAGGGACCGUCUCAGCCCGAACAGACAGGGGAAACCAGACGUAAACGCGGGAAAAAUAGUUAUUAUUGUUAUUACUACUACUACUACUAUUGUAAUUAUUAUCUUCUCAACUUUUGUCCCGUUUCCAUCCGAGUCAUUGUUUUGGAUGAGCCUUCUCCGUGUGGUUCUAUUACGUGCUUCUGUUUCGUCUGUCACAUGCUCCUUCACGCAGUUCAUCAACCAUUCUUUUCAUCAGCAUUUUCAUGUUGUUGUUGAUGUCAUUCGUUAUUAUUAUUAUUAUUAUUAUUAUUAUUAUUAUUAUUAUUAUUGUAGUCGUCGUCGUCGUCGUUCUAAUAUCACCUUCAUUACUGUCAAAAUAGAAACACAUGAAUCACAACAUCCUGUACUUAAUGGGAAGAGAGAGAGAGAGAGAGAGAGAGAGAGAGAGAGAGAGAGAGA